AUGAAUGUCUUAAAUGUUUACGAAAAGCAUAUUCUAGCAGAUGAACGCUCCUUUACUCGAGUCUCAGAAAUCGAGAAGAUACUAAAGUACUUGGCAUAUUUUCUUCCAACCGAAUUUCGCACUAAUGAAUUAAGUUCCCAAACGAUUGCUUCUGUUUUAUUAAUACUGCAGCAGUUCCAUACAAACCUUUUGUAUCGAAAAAUCUCAGAAUUGCCCGAACACGAACAAACAUUACUGAAGAGCGAGAGGACAUUGUUCAUAGAACAUUUCAACAAAAAUAGCACUUUUUUCCAAAAAAGUUCUCAAUUACUGUUCUUAAUUGAUAGUUUGUCCCUCCCAUCAGAAAUUUUGACUGCCAAGCUUUACCCGUCGCAUCAAUAUGAUACUGUUCUCAGCGUUGAAUCACUCAAGUUAUUACUUCGCUUGCACUUGAUGUACCAAACAGGUGGGUACUUGCCUUUCAAAAAUCCUCUCUUGACCAGAGAUUUUAAUGCGAAAGACUUUAUCAACAUUUAUGCAACAUACAAAGAUCCAAACAACUACAUUACUCUGAAGAAGACUGGAAAGAGAGUACCCAGAUUGCACUCUGUCCCUUCAAGCUUUCAACAGCUAAAUCAGAGUACUCCGAAACUACACAAUCUCCUUUUACAAAGUACCUCAUUUCAGCCUUUAGGAUUGUUACGUAUUAUCUCCAAUCUCUUACGGGUUUUUCGUCCAUUUGUAUAUAUGCUUUUGACAUGGCAUUGGAAACGCACACAGCUCAGCGGUAAAUCUUCUCGUAGGCCAUGGCUCCCUUGGAUUUUGAGUUUUAUUAUGGAGGUUGCUUCAAUUUACCUGAAUUCAAAAGAUUCCGAUAAAUCGAGUAAGUCUUUGCCCAUGCGAGUCGAAGCAUGGUCCAAUCAAUCAGCAUUUAGAGACUAUUUAGUAUGGUCACUCACUCAUGGAAGAUUUUUUGAUGAAUUCACUAGACAAUGGCUUGAAUGUGCAGUGCGUUGGGUUGCACCUAUUCCUUUCGUUGGACGCUUAUUUAAUGUUUAUUUCAACGAAAGUAACUACAGGUUGGAAAACUAUGCUUCUUGA